ACCAAAAUCAGCUGUUUUUUCUUGCUGCGGUUUUUCUUUUUGGUUUAUCAACAUGGAUAUUGGAGAACUUCUGUCAUUUAAACCUGAAGCCACACCGAAACGUUCCCACGAAGACGAUGAGGAUUACUCUCCGGAAAGACCUUCCAGACAGGAGGAGAAAAAUAAACGUCUCAAGCGCAUUGCCCAAGCUAAAGAGUCGGCAGAGUUUGCCAAACCAGAGGAACCCAUACCUUUAACUGGCGUAGCCGCUGCUCUUCUAGAUCCCGAACUAACAGAGGAAGAACGCUUAAAUAUUUUGAAAUAUGUGGAAAGUGAAGAAGCUGAAGGCGAUGUUCUGGACGAACAGGGACUUAAGAAAUUAUUGUUAGUUUUCGAGAAGAAAAAUCUCAAAAAUCAAGAGCUGAGGAUAAAAUACUCAGACAAUCCGGUGAAGUUCAUGGACUCUGAAGUAGACCUACAUUCCGUUAUACAAGAAUUGAAGGCAGUUGCAACAGUGCCUGAUUUAUAUCCAGUAUUGGUAGAAUUAAAUGGUAUACCAAGUUUAUUGGAAUUGCUUAAUCAUCCUAAUUCCGAUAUAGCAGUGGCCAUAGUGGAUUUAUUGCAAGAGCUUACAGAUGUAGACAUAUUGGGUGAAAGCAGUGAUGGUGCUGAAGUUCUUAUAGAAGCCUUGCGCAAACAACAAGUCACUGCUCUUUUAGUUCAAAAUCUAGAUCGUCUCAAUGAACAGGUCAAAGAGGAAGCCGAUGGAGUUCACAACACCUUGUCCAUCAUAGAGAAUCUUACAGAAAUGAACAAUGACAUUGUGGCCGAGGCAGCAGAACAGGGUCUGUUGUCUUGGAUUUUAAAAAGGCUGAAACAAAAGCCUCCCUAUGAUGCAAAUAAAUUAUAUUGCAGUGAAAUUCUUUCCAUACUCAUACAAACAAACUAUGAAAACAAAUUAAUGUUGGGUGACUUGGGCAUUGAUAUUCUACUACAGCAAUUGGCUUUCUAUAAAAAACACGAUCCUGCCUCUACUGAAGAACAAGAGUAUAUGGAGAAUCUUUUCAAUUGCAUGUGCUCUGCCCUAAUGGCCAAGGAAAAUCGAGAGAAAUUCCUCAAAGGUGAAGGUCUACAACUUAUGAAUCUUAUGUUAAGAGAAAAGAAAAUGUCUCGCAAUGGCUCUCUGAAAGUUUUAGACCAUGCAAUGUCAGGCCCUGAUGGUCGAGAAAAUUGCAAUAAAUUUGUAGAUAUUUUGGGAUUACGCACCAUAUUCCCCUUGUUUAUGAAAACUCCAAAGAAAAAUAAGAGACUUUUGUCGGCGGAUGCCCAUGAGGAACAUGUUUGUGCCGUUAUAGCCUCUAUGCUAAGAAAUUGUAAAGGUGCUCAGAGACAAAGACUGCUAUCAAAGUUCACAGAGAAUGACCAUGAGAAAGUUGACCGUUUGCUAGAAUUGCAUUUGAAAUAUUUGGAAAAAGUAGAGGCAGUGGACCGAGAAAUUGACCAACAACCUAGGGACGAAGAUAUUGAUGAAAAUGAAGAAGCUGAAAAUAAUUACCUUAAGCGCUUAACGGGUGGCCUGUUCACUUUGCAAAUGAUCGAUUAUAUAAUUUUGGAAAUAAGUGCCACAGCGGAAUCCAUUAAAUCGCGUGUUCUCCAGAUUCUUAAUCUAAGAGGAGCCUCUAUGAAGACCAUACGCAAUAUAAUGCGAGAAUAUGCUGGAAACUUGGGUGAUGAUGGUGAUGCUGAUUGGAAAGAGCAAGAGGAAUCACAUAUUUUGUCCUUAGUUGAUCGGUUUUGAAGAAAUAAACAGUACAUUAUUUGUUUUAUUUCAACAUUUUAA